GGUAAGAGAUCAGAUGAGGGGUAAAGAAAAUUGAUUACUGAAUAAGUGAAAUAUAUUGAUCAGCGAAUGCAUAAAGCUAUUGUGGUUAAGUAGAGAAAAAUCAUUUUUUCAAUGGAAUUGAUGAUAAAUUGGUUGUCGUUGAUUGUUCCUUUCUUGGGUUUUGUUUUAGGGUUUGGGGUUUUGAAGAGAUUGAAUAAUUUGUAUUAUGCACUGAAAUUAGGGAAGAAAUGGGAUGAACUUCCUCCUGGUGAUCUAUCUUGGCCACUUAUUGGUUCUACUCUAUCAUUUCUCAAAUAUUUCACUUUUGGUCCACCAGAACGUUUCAUUGGUGACUUCUCAAGAAGAUAUGGGAAACUUGAUAUGUACAAGACUCACAUAUUUGGAAAACCAACUAUAAUCGUCUGCAAACCUGAAAUAUGUCGUCAAGUAUUAACUGAUGAAACCAAGUUCAUUCCUAGUUAUCCUACAUCCAUCACAGCCGUAUUUGGUAAAAAAUCACUGCUUCAAGUACCGAAAGAGGAGCAUCGGAAGCUCCGACGGCUGACAAUGGCACCGAUCAGUGGCCAUGCAGCGCUCGAGAUGUACAUUGAUCAUAUUGAACACUCUGUGAUUAGUGGGUUGGAGGAAUGGUCAAGCAUGAAGAAGCCAUUGGAAUUAUUAACCACGAUAAAGCAACUUACCUUCAAAGUUAUUUGGAACAUUUUUAUGGGUUCAACUCCAAUAAAAAGCACUUCUAUAGGAGAAAUGGAGACUUUGAAUGAGAAUAUUGCACUUGCGUUCCUCACUCUGCCACUCAACUUUCCUGGCUUACCCUUCCAUAAAGCACUCAUGGCUGGAAAAAGAUUGAAUGAAAUAUUUCAAUCAUAUUUGGAUGAGAAGAGAAUGGUGAAGAAAAGCAAAGGGGAAAAUUGGGAAGCAAAAGAUAUGAUGGAUUUGUUGAUGGAAGUGAGAGAUGAAGAUGGUGAAGGAUUUGAUGAUGAGACCAUUAGAGAGUUAAUUUUUGGUAUGCUAUUUGGAGGCCAAGAGACUACAGCCUUCACUACAAUGUGGGCAGUUUUGUUUCUUACGGAUAAUCCACAUAUAUUCCAGAAGGCCAAGGAAGAACAAGAAGAUAUCAUUAGAAGAAGAGCCUCAACACAAAAGGGUGUAAGUUUCUCAGAGAUUAAACAAAUGAAAUUUCUUUCUCAGGUUAUAGACGAGACGCUUCGCUUAAGUAGUGUGGCAUUUUCUGUUUUUCGUGAGGCAACAGUAGAUGUUGAAAUUAACGGUAAAAUAAUACCAAAGGGAUGGAAAGUCAUACCUUGGUUUCGAGGGCUUAACAUGGACCAAAAACUACAUCCUUCCCCUCAACAAUUCAAUCCUUCCAGAUGGGAUAAUUUUGGAAGAAAUUCUGGAGUUUUUACUCCCUUUGGACUAGGAGUUUGGAUGUGCCCGGGACGUGAUCUUGCUAGAAUGGAGAUCUCAAUUUUCCUUCAUUAUUUUGUCCUCAAUUACAAAAAAGAAUAACAUAUAGGUCACUAAGUGCACCCAGUGUCACAAUCGUAGCCUUUCAAACUCGGGACGGACGAUUGUUCGACACUUGUUCGAACUCGAUGAACAAGUCAGCAGAUCAAAAUAUGAAAGUCACGGACAAACUCAGCAUACAAUGAAACCUUCUUUCGUGUUCUUGGGAAAAUUGUUUAUAAAAUGUGAGAAAUAAAUAAAUUUAUUGAAAUCAUCGUUAAAAUAUGCAAUGAAGACUGUCAGUUGCAAGGAAAAAUGUUUGCUUGCAAAGAGUUCGACAAUGUUUGGGCGAGGAUUCAACUA